AUUGGAAACGCUGUAGUUCAGUGUUUAAUUGAGUAGGGCGGCGCCACCGUCUAUACAUACAAAUGUCCAUUUAAAUCAGCGCCAUCUACGCUAAAACAUACUUUUGGUUGAAAAUAAAACGCCAUCAUAUUCCGACAUUGACCAAAUCCCAAAUUUUGAUCACAAAUCAUUCUGCUACGAAAACAUAUUAUCAUUAUCAUGGUCGGCUCGUAUGAAAAUUGUGGGAAAAUUGCCAAAAAUCGUGACCAAACCAAAUGUGAGUGAAUCGAAUUUGAAUUUACGUUUCUCAGUAAAAUUGACAUUAAAUUGUUGACGACACAUCAUGUGCCAUGCAUCCGGGCGCCGUUUGCAUAUACCAUUUUUAUUCUCUUGAUUUAAUUCGCGGAAAUAGUGAGGAUUUUAAAAAUUAUCUUAUUUUAUUUGUGUGAGUUAAUAAAAAAGUUUUUAAAACAAUGGUGAUUGUUUAUUGUGAUUUUAUGGCUGGUUGUAUUGGUGGUGCCUGUGGAACAUUGAUCGGACAUCCAUUUGAUACGAUAAAAACUUGGCAGCAAUUUGGAAAUCGUCGGAUUAGGAAAUCAAUUUAUGACAUAGUGAUACGCAACAAUGGAUUAAAUGGAUUUUUUCGUGGAAUGGCCUUCCCCAUGAUGUCUAGUGGUAUACUGAAUUCAAUUUUAUUCGGUGUCUAUGGCAAUGAACUUCGUCGUUUGCAGAAUAUCUGCACAUCAGAUGCUGAACGUAAAAUUGAAUGGGCACAGAAUGUAUUUUUAGCCGGGUCAACAGCAGGUCUGAUUCAUGCAUUUUUCGCAUGUCCCAUUGAAUUAAUAAAAAUUCGAUUACAAACACAAAAUCAUCACAACUAUUGGCGGCGGUAUGAACGACAAGGUCCAAUUAAUUGCAUCAAAACAGUCUAUCGCAAUGAAGGUUUAAUUGGCUUCUAUCGUGGAUGGACGCCAAUGAUUUGCCGAGAUGUUUUUCCAUACGGAAUUUAUAUGUUGGCUUAUGAAUAUGUUUCAAGAACACUAUCCAACUCAGAAUGGGUUUUGGAGAAAAGAGAACGCUUUAAGGAAUUACAAAAAUAUGAUAAAACACUAACUUAUCUCGAUAUUUCAAUACCAAUUUUAUCAGGAGCAUUUGCUGGCUUUUUGUCAUGGAUUCUGGUGAUCCCUUUUGAUGUGAUAAAAACUGUCGUACAAGCCGAAACUGAUAUAACUAAACAUGGUGAUAUGGUGCAAAUAUUCAAAGCAAAAACAAAUAAAUACGGUUGGAAAAUUUUUUUCCGUGGGAGCUGGAUUAUUUUAGUUCGAUCAUUACCAACAAAUGCUGCAACGUUUUUAGGCUACUCAUAUGCACUGGACAGAUUUCAAGAAAUUUCCAAUGUCAAACCACUUUGAUAUUACAAACUUUUCUUGUAAAUUGUUUUGCUUCGGGUUUUACUCGAAUACAUUUAAUUUUAACGAACAUUUAACAAGCAAUUGUAAAUUUCUUCCGGUAGGAAUUUUGCUCUUA